GAAUUAUCGCCGCGCGCUUUAAUGAUCGCUGAAGAUGAUGAUGGGGCGACUAGCAGUAUGAAUGCUAACGGCAGUACCGACUACUUUGAGGAGCAAGAAUCGUAUGGCGCAAGCUGGUGGUGGUGGACGCAUCAUAAUGAUCCGAAAGCGUCUUCUCCUCAGAUUGGGCAUGAUGGUCAUGAACCUGGUAGUCAACAACGUAAACCUAAACGUCCACUAGCGAAGAAGGAAUUAAAUUAAGGCUUCCUCUAAUCCAUCUCUCGUCUAUAGAGUGAGAUAUUACUCAAGCAGAACAGUAACAGUAACAGUAUGCACCCCAUCUAUCACUUGCAAGGGGAAUAGAUCAUACUAAAGCAUAUUCAUUCUUGAAGGGAAAUGCUCUUGAUGGCAAUUCGGCAAGGGAAAUACUCUUGAGGCAUACUCACUCUUGAGGAAUUUUGUUCAAAAGGAAAAUGAAUUAGGGAGAGGUCUAAUCAGAGAAAAAACAUGCAGAACAGGGAGAAAACGAAAGACAAGGAUUUUCGAAGUGGGCUGUGGCCACACAGGCUGUGAUGAACGAUCUAGACCCCAUUCUAUGGAGGAUGUUUUUUCCAUCCUUACGACCAUCAAGGCCUCCCCAGAGGCUAUGCGUAUUUAAGGGGAAAAGGGUGGCCUCGUUUGUCUGCCUAGAUGGAAAAAGCACCAUCCAUACAUUCGUCAACUCCGGGAAUUAGCUUCCCUCCACUACCAGGUCCAGAAAAGUGGCAGUGUAUCCGAAGUGCUUGGAGAUGUAAUCGGUGGAUCUGUUCGGCCUGGGCAACAGGCACAAGGGCACAGCGCUGCUGUAGGAUCAACUUCCAUUAUAGAACACGAUACUACUACAGAUACAGGGACAUCAAGACAGCUUAGAACAGCUGGAGGAAAAGACAAAAAAGAACCGCAAGGAGAACAGAGUGGAAGUAGUAGUCCCCGGACAACGUCUCCAAUUUUAGAUCGUACUCACGUCUACGAGUGGACACAUGGAAGUAGCUUUAGCCCAACUUUAUGGCCUCGUUAUAUCAUAACACUACCCAGUCCCAGUCCCAGGGGCAGGGUUUGUUAGGCAUAGGCAUCCGAUUUCAAAUUCAAGUAGUCACACAAUUUUUGGGGAUGACGAUCGAUCCCCUACUUAAAAAACGAGGAUAAUCAAGCUCAGGGGAGAACCCAUAACCAUAAGGAGGAUCGAUGAAAAGCAAACACAAAGACUACCGCUAACAAUUAGUUUUUCCAUGAAGCCAGUACCGACAUGGAACCAAUGGUAUCACUGGCUUGCACCCCACGGCGCAGAACUGGAUUUCCUGUGGGGAAGCGCCCUAGAUCGAGGAACUGAAUCAGAACAAAACCUUAGCAGGCUUUUCAUUUAUGAGCAGAUUUCUAACGAACACGAUAUGCAGAGAUACGAGGAGCACGCCCUCGAAAAGGAGAUGGGCUAGGACAAGAAGCAUCUAAAAUUAGGUAGAAACAAGAGCGGUUUGUUGCGUGUUCGACGUUUUCUUUUGAAAAUGUUUCGUUUAUAAGAAGCUUGGCUAUUUUCAUAUCGAGCGAUAUAUUAUCCAACAUCUAAUGUCAGCGUUAUUUUGCAAAUUUUGCCUACACGGGUAACCCAAUGCGUGGACCUCAUCGCGUAGAUGAAAUCGACGAGCAUAUGCUGACGAAUGGGAUGCAGAAACUGCAAUUGCAGGAGACACAGAGUGCAGAUUCCCUCUCAAAGUCCGCAACUCCUACAUCGUCGACAUUUGUUGCUGGCGGUCCCGGUGGUGAUGAUGAUGACCACAUCAAGAUGAACGACGAAACCAAAAAAACUCACUUGUUCAGGAACAAGUCCAACAACUACAGCAACAAAAAUAUUGACAACUACAAUGCAAUAGCCUCUCCUUCUUGGCCCUCGUAUAGUGACUUCGGUGGAUCGCUUGUGAUUGAGAAUAUGUCAUCAAUAAUAGCCGAUGAAACGGGACCCCGUGGAGGACAAUUUCGUUUCUGGCGCAACCUUUUGCGACUGCCAAACAAUGGUGCGUGGCCUGCGGAUUUCCUAAAUCCGGAGAGCUAGACCUAUGUAAAUCUCCAGAAAAAAAAUCAGGAGAGAUGAGUAGAUGUAGAGCCAAGCCUAGAAGACCGACUUAGAAACUGAUCGGGAAAGUGCGAGGAGUCCAAGUUUGUCGAUAUCGAGUUUCAGUUUCUUUGUACUUGACGACUACUCGACAUCUGUUGUGAUAGCGUUAUUUUUGUGAUCAUGAUCUAAGUCUAUCAACAAAAUCUGAUGAAAUUUGAACAUCUGAAGAUAUUUCGAAGGAACAAGUUACUCAUACUUAUACUGUGGAUGCAUGGCGUCUUACCUUUUUUAUCGUGAUUGUUGAUUGUAUCCAUGAUUGAAGAAAGAGGAAUGAGAAUGCUCGCAGUUUUGUUAAAUAGUCUUCUACCACGUUGUUUGAGUCUAGUUGUAGUAAUAGUUUGCAUCUUCUCAAUGCGUUGAGCCGAGGACUGAUAGUCCGGUAAUUAUUAAGUGACACACUAAAUUUACGUAAGAAGCAGAUAUUGAAUGACUUUGAAGCUUACACGAAUUAUGGUUUCUAAGAAAGAAAUGAUAGGUUGUAGUUGUGUGCCGCUCUGCUUCGACUCCUGUCUCCACAAGCGGUCAUAUCAGAAGCACGUAGAGAGAAAGACAUGAAAGUCAUACGUUGAUAAAUAUGGUGGCCACUCGUCUCUCCGAGGGCUAAAGCGAAAGGUAGAAAGAGACAUCGAAACCAGUCUUGAUCCUAUCAUAGAUGCUUCAACUUGCUGUAGUUUCUCUUUUUCAUCAAGUUCAAUACACGAUAAAACUGAUUAAUGACAUGAUUGAUGAUUGAAAAUAUUGAUGUAGUUGAUCGUAUAUGUAUUCAAAUUUUGAGAGACCUUCCAUCCUCUGCGAAAAACGAAAUAUAGCUCCGAGGAUAUAAUAUAGCGAAAAAAAGGAAAAGCGAUUAUUUAUUCGAUAGGUUCGAAAUUAAUAUUAUAUGUGUCGGCUCCACCACAAUUAUAUGUGUCAUUUUGGAGAAGAUUUCUUUCCUUCUCAGACUCAGAUUUGUCUUCGUAACAAGAAUUGUUGAGGCAAUUACGACGAUUACGGCUAACUGAAACUGAGUGAUACAGUUACGACUACAUAACUGUCUGAUUUCUUUUUGUUCCAAUCAAGUCGUCUUAAGCCUAUGAA